AUGCGAUUCUCGGUUUCCCAACUGCUGCUAGGCCUCUCGUGCCUCAGCACCGCGCUGCUGGCCAGCUCGCAGAACCUCUUCGUCCCACACUCGAAGGCGAUAGAUGGCGACUCCGCAUUCCGCAGCAAUGCGACCAUCGAUACUGGCAGCGAUCUGUUUGGAAUCAAUGCGCUGGAGAAGCGCCAGAGAACGUACUGCCCCGGCGCCACCAAGCUGUGCGAGACAACCGGCCGGUGCUGUCCCUCGACCUCUGACAGCUGCUGCAACGGCUCCGGAUACUGUGUGCAACGCGCCAAACACAACUGCUGCUCAGCGGGCCAUGUCUGCAACAAGCCCGAAGAGUGCUGCCACGACGGAUGCAUGCUGGAAGGCGCGACAUGCUGUCGCACCGAAGGCGCCUGCAAGGCCGGAUAUACCUGCGUGAUUCUCGACGGCGAACACGGCUGCUGCCCGAACGAUGGCUGUUACAGCGCCACGCAGAUCAUCUACUGGUACUACUACGUGUACUGGUACAUCGAGGUCUACUGGGAGAUCAGGGUCGAGGUGACGACGAGUACGCUGUCGCUGACUUCGUCGAGGGAGACCACGUCGAGUACUGUGUCAAUAACAGCCUCGAACUCUGCGUCCGCGAGCUCUAUCUUCGAGAGUUACAGUUCGAGUCUGUCGAGUGCAGCGCAGACGACCCCUGACUUGUCUGAUAUUUCUACGUCGACGACUACGUCUAGUUCUUCUACGCGGUCGUCUACUAGGAGCACCUCCACCUCCACCUCGGAUUCGGAUUCGGACUCUGAUUCUGAUUCUGACCCGACCGAUCCCGGUGACGACGACGUUAUUCCCAGUGCCACCGCCACCGCUGAGUCUGGAGGUGAUGGGCCAUCAGGGGACAAUGACCUUCCACCUGGAGGCGUCGGUGCGGCCUCCACACUGUCUCGUAGUUUCUGGGCUUAUAUCGCUCUUGCUGGGGUCUCGUUCACAAUGAUGCUGGCUUUGUAA